AUGGCCGACUCGUACCGAGACCUGCGGCAUAAGCUGCAGUCACCGCACUAUCGUUCUGUGGAAUAUGGCAGGAGAAGAGAAUCUGAUUCUAAGCGUAAACACCACGGCUCCGAAAAAUAUAGCUCAACUCGGUACAGACAUAAUAGACAAGAAAUGUCAAGAGAGGACGAACUGCGGAAAGUAAAUGCUGGUAUACAGCAACGUAGCUUGUUUUCAUCAGAAGAGUGCAAAGUUAUUGAGGACAAAAUUGACUCUGUUGUGAAACAUGCCAAACAUGGUGAUUACAAAGAGCAUACGGUUGAUAGGGCGCCAUUAAGAAAUAAAUAUUUCUUUGGGGAGGGAUAUACAUAUGGGUCACAACUUGCCAAAAAGGGCCCAGGUAUGGAAAGACUGUACCCAAAGGGUGAAGUGGACGAAAUCCCAGACUGGAUUCUAAAACUGGUUGUAAAACCAAUGUAUGAUGCCAAAAUUAUACCCAGCGGCUUCUUUAAUAGUGCUGUCAUUAAUGACUACUUACCUGGAGGAUGCAUUGUUUCUCACAUUGACCCUCCCCACAUUUUUGACAGACCUAUUGUAUCUGUCUCAUUUUUCAGCGACAGUGUUCUCAGCUUUGGCUGCAGGUUUUCAUUUCGCCCAAUACGUGUGUCCAAGCCGGUGUUGUGCUUACCUGUUAAGAAAGGUCAUGUCACUCUCAUAAGUGAUUAUGCGGCAGAUCACAUUACACAUUGUAUCAGGCCACAGGAUAUUGUUGAGAGAAGAGCUGUGAUAAUCCUACGGCGGGUGUUUCCAGAUGCACCUCGUCUUGAGCCAUCAAGCUCAGUUGAACGACCCCUAUCUCGGAAACGACGUCGGGAAUCUACAUCACCCUCAUCCUCAUCAUCAGAAGCAGGAUCUGCAAGUGGUUCAGAAGAAUUACAAGAAAACAACACAAAGGAAAAUAAAGAAGAAGAGAAAAAAUCUCCCACACAAACAUAUUAUCAUAGGGCAACAAAAAACUCUACCCGAGUGUACAGACAUCAUCACUUCAGCAAUAGUGAGAGUGAACAUUCAGACACUGAAAAUGGUGACACUAAGUCUCCUGUUAAAAAACCUAAACAUAAGCAUAAGGUGAAGAAGAAGAAGAAAAGUCACAGAGAAGUUAAAGUUUCCAAACGUAGCAAGAGAUCCUAAUAUGAGGGAUGGAAAUGCCUUGAUACAGAUUUUCUAAUAUUUACUUAUAUAAGAAGUGGAGCGAUUUCUGAAAUGUGCCAAUUAUUAGGGAUGCAAAGAUUUUGAAUGUUAUGAAGAUUUAUAUACUUUUAGUUGAUUAUUGUAUUGAAUACCAUGAAUUCAAAUCCAUGUUUUGUGAUAUCUACAAAGCAAAACAUUUGGUUCAUAAUUUCCCUUUUGAAAAAAAUGUUUUUGGUUUUACAGGUAAUUGCAGAUGAGGUUAAAAUAUGAUUCUGAUUGGAGUGAUCUGUUUGUCUGCUGCUUCAGUGUUGAUCAGGACUGGAAUAUAUCUUGUCAACAUAAGCAGUGUAUUUAUCCUCCUUCCAUUUGUGAUAUGAUGGAUGAUCAUAACUUGUUGAUAUUAACUCGUUUAGAAGAUGACAGUAAUCAGUGUUAAGAUAGGCCAGUGAUAAGUCUUACUAACAAACAUCAUGUAAAAGGUUAUUACUAUUUUGUUAAUUUUGAUGGUCAGUAAGAUACUGAUUGUAUUUUUUUUAAAAAGUUGUUGAAGAUUGACAAGGUAUGGAGUUCGUUUCAAGACAAGCAUUUAGAUUGGUUAACUUGAUAUGCACUGUGAAUUAUAAAAUGUGUACAAAAUGUACACAUAUAGCCAUGAUUGUCUUAAUUUGCUGUAGAAAGCCUGUAAUAUAAUUCAGUUGAAAGAUGUAAAAUUCCUUUACAUAUGUAUUUUUGACACCUUGGCUGUUGGAUAAUAAGUUGGUGCUGGUAGUGAUAACAUUGUUCUAGAUUUCACUAUAAACUACA